UUCCGGGAUGUUCUACAAAACCUGGAGCUACAUGGUCAGACCUGGGGCGACUUCGUAGAAUGGAUCUCCAUGCCUACCUCAGGUGUUGCCAAGGAGAGAUACGACGGGCUUUUCAAGAAUCGAGACCGCCAGACCGGGGAGUCUCAAGUCGCGCGCAUCCUAGACCUGUGGACCACCAAAAACUCUCAGACUGGCCGCCGGGAUGUUCACGGUUGGGCUACAAAGUACCUGGGAAAGGUGGUCAGCGAGGAAGCGAACGCAGUCACCCGAGACGGUGUGCUCAUGACCAGGCGGCAGCCAAUCACGGGGCAAUUUUUCCUCGCCCUCACACUCUCCUCCAUCCACCAGAAGAUCCGCGAGUUGUGUCCUACAAUGACGAUUAUCUUGCAUGCUUUCAGCACCACUCAGCGCCAGCAAAAAGCGAACAUCGCUGCCCAGAGUGGCCGAGAGAAAGCGCGACGUAUCGGCUUUGCAAUGACCAACCUAUUGGGAGAACGCAGUGAAAACAAUAGCCUUGCGAGACAUCUCGUCGGGCUUUACAUGUAUGUCAGUGGAGCCUCACGUCAGUUAAUAUCAAUCAUGUCUAGGAUCGGGGUCUCCAGUAGCUAUGCUAGUAUAGCUGGCAGUCGCAACAUUGAGGUUUCUGAGUCCCAAACGAGGAGCAGAUGUGGAGAAUCUCAAGGCGCGCGAAGCGCGAUCGAGGACGCGAUCGAGCGCGCUGCACUGGCGCCCACGCGCGCUACAGGCCUCCUCUCGCGCGGUGCUGGUUUGCUCCGACGUAUAUCAGAAUCCUGCCGGCACACUGCUCGGGAACGCGGGGAAAGCUCCCUGCUUGGGCAUGUAUACGACAAUAUCAACAUGGUUUUCAAAGUGGCCGAACAAAUUUUAGGGCGCAAGGACACCCAGGAGAACGGGACAUGCGCGACUGUGUUCCCUCUCGACAACGCUGACCCCGAAGACAUGAAGGCAGCAGACCUCCUAGCCGCGUUCGAUGCAGCAGACCCCCUGGCUAUGCGCGACAUCUGUCAUACCCCUGCUGAGGCCCAGCAAUUCCGGAAAUCGCUUGAGCACUCCCUCCUCCGUACGAUUGUCUACAGCUCUGAACAUUUUGCCCCCUUCCGCGCCAAACUCGAUGCUUGCCUCCCAGGAACUGAUGACCAGAUGCGCCUUAGAAGAACUGAUACGUACCCUUUGCCUGCGAUGAAUAUUGACGAGUCCAGCACCACCGGAAAUGCCGAGGUCCUUGACACGAUGUUCACGGAGCUCGAGUAUGCGCGUCGCCGACCCAUGUUCCCGGGCUAUUCAACACUUCUUUUUGGCGACCAGCUAUCUAUUUCUCGAACGCGCACCAUUAUAGCUAACCGCGCAGGCCAUGAGGAUAUCAGACGGUCCUACGCCAAUAUCGUUUUUGGUCCAGGCUUCUUCCACCACCAGAUGGCUGUCACGCACGGCAUCAUCGAAACUCACUUUGGCGACCCUACUGCUGGACAUCGCAACCCGGCUUCCCUCUCGUUUUUUAAUACUGUCCUAGAUCGCAAGCCCAUCGUCCCAUCUUCCCUUCCACCAUACCGAACGUGUCGCGAUCUCAUCUUCACCAGUCUGUCGGCCUCUGCACUACACUGCCUCGAGCUUGUUUCCGGCUCAGACUCUUUGGAGCAGUACGUCACCAAGCUCUCCUUCAAAAAACUGCGCAGCGAUGACGAGGUUGCAGAGCGCGUCCGCCACCAUGCCAUGACCACUGUGCCGAACGCAGCUUCCACCCCGCCCUUCGACCCGCUUUCCGAACCCCUGAAAACUGGCGACAUGGUAUUCGAAAACGCGUGCCUCUUUAUGCGCGACGCGUUGGUACUCCGUGAAUUCACGGACGCAAUCAAGGGCGGGUUUUCUGGGCGGAUAAUUCGCGCGCUCAAGAUCCUCGCGCUUAUGUACCGAGGAAGUGGCCGCCUCAAGUACGCCCACGAAUGUCUGCACCUCAUUCACAACCUGACGUCUGUUUGGCCCAGACCUCUUCGAGCUAUCAUGAUCAAUAAUUGGCUCGUCAACCCCACAGGUAAGCCAGACGCCUGGGUCCCCGUUGAUCUUCUGCAAGAACACAUGAAUUUUUGGAUCAAGGUUAUUUAUAAAGCGCAGGGAAGCAAUGCGUCCUGGGAGUGGUUGCAGAUGGUCUCGCCUUGUAUCUCCGUCUUUCGCCAACUCGCUCUCCAGAUGAACGCCACCCUCGGAGCACGCCUUGGCACCAAGCACCAAUCUCCGGACCUUCAAAAGGACUUGGAAUUGUUGUCUAACUCGAUGCGCGAGAACGGUAUCUUCCAUGUCGAACCAGGACGCGUUCUCCGCGCUAUGACGAGCGCCGAGGUGCCAAACGUGGUUGCCACUGGUCUCAAGCAGCUCCCAGGUCCCCUAUUCGAGUACAAUAAGAUGUUCCAUCAAUUACAACGCCGCCGUCGUGAGACUCCUCUCGUC